AUGAAGGCCUUACUUGGGGUAUUGGUAGUGAUGGGAAAGCAUGUUUUACCAAGUUUUAGGUUCUACUGGUCAGUUGAUGCUGAUUUUGGUGUGCCGAGAAUUUCUAAGGUAAUGUCACUGAAGAGAUUUCUCAAAAUUAGGAGAAACCUUCACAUCAAUUAUAAUGAAAAUAUGCCAGAAAGAGGUAACCGAGACUUUGACAAGUUGUACAAGUUUUUCAAUCCUAGUCGAUACUUGUUUGUAGACGAGUACAUGGGAGGUUUCAAAGGUAGGUCCUCUUUGAAGCAAUAUAUUCCCCUGAAGACUGUCACACAUGGGUUCAAAGUAUGGGCACUGUCUUGUGCAGUUACAGGGGUUUUAUUAGCAUUUGAGGUAUAUGAAGGCUAUACCAUUGUUCCAAAAUCUACUUUCACAUGCCUGUUUGCAUGUGGAACUAUGCAGACAAAUAGAAAAUUUUAUCCAAAACAUAUUUUGUGCAAAGACACUGAUUUACAAAUGGGAGAGAUUGAUUUUGCUGCAGCAGGAGAGGUAACAGUCUGUAAAUGGAAGGAUAGAGGCAAAAAAUGUGUUGUAAUUGGGUCAAAUAUGCACAAUCUAAGGGCAUGUACAGUUGUCAGAAGGAGGAAAAAGUCAGUGGAGAAAGAAGAAAUUCCAUGCAUUUUGUGUAUACAUGAAUACAACAAAUACAUGGGGGGUGUCAACCUGUUAGACCUACUUAUGUCUUGCUACUCUAUAUCCUGGAAGUCUAGGAAAAGGUGGAUGAAACCAUUCUACUUUGUCAUAGAUUCUGCUAUUGUGAAUGCAUACAUUAUAUACAAGACAACUAUGCAACUGUCAACAUGUAGAGAAAAGCCAAUGACACAUUUGAGGUUCCGUAGGUCGCUUGCAGAUGAGCUGAUUGGAAGUUAUUGCAGUAGAGUUCAGAAAGGGAGAAGACCAAAUGUUGUAUCAGAUGUAGUUGCAGAAGGUGUGCUUAGUGCAGCACAGAGAAAGCUGUCAAAUGGUCUAACAUUACCUGCAAAAUCUGUGAAGUGGUAUUGA